CUCGGGGACGAUGUUGUCAUUUUUUGUAUUUUGGGUUAGUUUGGCAAAUUUCCGUUGAAAUCAUCAAUUUCUUUAUAUGCCAUUUUCAACACUUCUCUGUUGUUUCUCCUCAAUCUCCACUAACCACCUUCCGAGAUACACCAAAAUCAUCUUUCAACUUCAGCACUUUCACUGUUGUUCGUUCCAAGAAUUCAUCCUUGAGGCAGAGCUUUGAACCAGUUUCAUGAGUAAGGAUGACUCGACCUAUAAAUUCCCAGCUACGUUUCAUCUCUCUAUCUCUUUUUUCGUUGCGACUACAAAUGUAUAGCAAUUCUUUUUUGUUCUUAUAAAUUCCCCAACUCCUUUCCACCCAUUUCCUUCUCUCGGAUCCGUAAUCCCCUUCCUGAAUUACCCUUCAUGGAUGACCUUCCAUUCUCUAUAAUGGGAUCCAAUUUCAAGCUGAACGGUGACCCACUGUCUGGAGAAGAAGACUCUGAUUCCACGGAAACCAGGGUCGGCAUCAGUCACGUGCGUUCUGCUUCAUUUCAAUCUCGUUCCGGCUCCACCACGCCGAGGAAUCGUCAAAACUCACCGACCCAUUCUCCCCGCCUCCCUCCGAGUCGAUUCGGGAGCUUCGACAAAUUCUCCGGUGACGUUCAAUAUGCGUCUUCGUUUUCAGGGUUCAAGAUCUUCGGGUUUCUGUCGGAUCAUAGCUCGGACAAAUUUAAAGUCGAUAAGCGGGUAAAGAAGAGAGCUGGGGCAGUGUGGUACCAGAGGAAGCGGAUCAAAGGGAUUUUGUUUUUGAUUAUGUUGGCUGGCUUGUUUUUCUUUGUGAAUUGGGUCAUGCUUUUGAGGCUACAAGAACAAGAUGAUAGAAUUCAAGAACAUGAUUCUAACGCAGUCAAUUCCAAUCCUGAAUAUUCUGGGAAUGUGUCUUCUUCUAGGAUUUCAGUUCUGGGAAAACGGAAGGCUGGUAGAAAUAAAUGGCCGAAGGGUAACUAUGGUAGAUUGUUGGCUUUGGCUGCCCAUGCGUUGGCUGAGGGAGAAAGCAAACCUGAGCCAAAGGACUUGUGGCAAGAGCCAGUGGUUGCUUCGUCUGCUUGGAAGCCAUGCGCUGAUCAACGUAAUUGGGAGCCGAUCGAGAGAAAUAUUGGAUACAUUAUGGUUACUGCAAACGGUGGAAUGAAUCAACAGCGAGUAGCUGUUUGCAAUGCUGUUGUCCUGGCUCGGCUACUUAAUUCAACUUUGGUUGUUCCCAGAUUUUUGUACAGUAGCGUUUGGAAAGAUGUGAGUCAAUUCAGCGAUAUCUACCAGGAGGAUCAUUUUAUUAACUACAUGACUCCUGACAUCCAUAUAGUGAAAGAACUUCCAGAUAAUUUACAGUCGUUAGAUUUGGAGGCAAUUGGAAGUGUGGUAACGGAUGCUGACAUUAACAAGGAGGCCAUGCCAAGAUUCUAUUUGAAAAACAUUCUUCCUAUUCUAAUCAAGAAUAAGGUUGUGCAUUUCCUGGGUUUUGGUAAUCGCUUGGCAUUUGACCCUUUGUCAUUUGAGUUACAGAGACUUCGAUGCAGAUGCAAUUUUCAUGCCCUGAGGUUUGUUCCUAAAAUUCAAGAAACUGGUGCGCUGCUUCUUCAAAGGCUACGUCAAAAAGAAGGCUAUGCAGGACCAUUGGACAAACAUCUUGUUGGGUCAUAUGCAGAAUCAACGAUGAAGGAAAAGAAAGCCCGCUCUACAAAAGCUGCUAAAUACCUGUCUGUACAUUUGAGGUUUGAAAUUGAUAUGGUAGCUCAUUCUCUCUGUCAGUUUGGUGGAGGCAAAGAAGAAAAAGAAGAGUUGGAAGCAUAUCGAGCAGUCCAUUUCCCUGCAUUGUCUCUUCUCCAGAAAACUACUAAAUUACCUUCUCCUGAAGAUCUUAGGUCAGAAGGUCUUUGCCCUUUGACACCUGAGGAAGCUGUACUUAUGCUCGCUGCUCUUGGUUUCAAACGCAAGACAAAGAUAUUUGUAGCAGGCUCGCAGAUAUAUGGAGGUAAUAAAAGGCUGACUGCUCUAACUAGUCUGUAUCCUAAUCUGGUUACAAAGGAGAAGUUGCUUUCAACAACCGAGCUUGAACCUUUCAUGAACUUUUCUUCUCAGUUGGCAGCACUGGACUUCAUAGGCUGCACAGCUUCGGAUGCAUUUGCAAUGACAGACUCUGGUAGUCAAUUAUCAUCUCUUGUAUCGGGUUAUCGGAUAUACUAUGGGGGCGGAAGAAUGCCAACGAUUCGACCAAACAAGCGAAGGCUUGCUAGCAUAUUUUCGAGGAACAACACUAUAGAGUGGCGGAUAUUUGAGAUAAGAGUGAGGAAAGCUGUAAGGCAAACAAAGCACGUCUUAACAAGGCCCAGAGGAAGGAGUGUUUAUAGGUAUCCACGGUGUAAAGAGUGUAUGUGCUGGACAGGGUAACUUUGCUUGAUCGCUUACUGGUUUGAAUCUAUUUUUCCACGGUAGUUUACCAUUUGUUUUUGUUGAAAUUAUUAAAGAAAUGUCACAUAUUGUUAAUUGAUUGGAUUAGAGGGGUCAGGGACCCAUUUUAGUGGGUCAAACUCCAAUAUUAGAUUGACAUCCUGGUAAUAGAAUAUUUAUCUCAUUAGAAUUGUUCAUGAGUCUCA